AUGAAAGAAAACCAGUCUCACACCACGGAUUUCACCCUCCUGGGGGUUACCAGGGAGCAGGAACAGGAAGAUCUCGUCUUCAGCCUCUUCCUGUUCAUUUACCCCGUCACAGUGGUUGGAAACACGCUCAUCAUCCUGGCCAUUCGCUCUGACAUUCGCCUUCACAACCCCAUGUAUUUUUUCCUUGCCAACCUCUCCCUUGUUGACAUCUUCUUCUCCUCUGUAACUGUUCCCAAGAUGUUGGCCAACCAUCUCCUGGGUAGCAAAGCCAUCUCCUUUGGGGGAUGUCUGACACAGAUGUACUUCAUGAUAGCCUUGGCUAAUGUAGACAGCUACAUACUGGCUGCAAUGGCAUAUGACCGAGCCAUGGCCAUUAGCCGCCCGCUUCACUAUACAACAAUUAUGAGUCCCUGGCCUUGUGUCCUGCUGGUUGUGGGGUCUUGGGUGGUUGGAAAUGCCAAUUCGCUUGCCCACACCCUGCUCACAGCUAGGCUGUCCUUCUGUGGCAACAAGGAAGUUGCCAACUUCUACUGUGACAUUACCCCUUUGCUCAAGCUGUCCUGUUCUGACAUCCACUUCAAUGUAAAGAUGAUGUAUUUUGGGGUGGGCGUUUUCUCUGUGCCACUGCUAUGCAUCACCAUCUCCUAUAUCCGGGUCUUUUCCACUGUUUUACGGGUUCCUUCCACUAAGGGCGUGCUCAAAGCCUUCUCGACCUGCGGAUCUCACUUGACUGUGGUGUCAUUGUACUAUGGGACAGUCAUGGGCAUGUAUUUCCGGCCCCUGACCAGUUACAGUCUAAAGGAUUCAGUGAUAACUGUGAUGUACACAGCUGUGACUCCAAUGUUAAACCCUUUCAUCUAUAGUCUGAGGAACCGGGACAUGAAGGCUGCUCUGGGGAGACUCUUCCACAUCAGAACCUCUUCAUCUCUGGUGUGAGAUCAUGCACUGCACAGAGAC